CCUGAAGGUCGUGGGUAGGACCUUUGACGCUAAUCUCAAUAGUAAUCACAUGCCUCAAAACGAGCAUAUUGAGCUUCAUCGCAAACGUCAUGGGUAUCGCUUUGACUAUUUUGAAAGAAAGCGGAAAAAAGAGGCUCGUGAACCUCAUGAAAGAAGUCGUAAGGCCAAAAAGCUUCGAGGAUUAAAGGCAAAAAUUGCCAAUAAAGAAAGGUUUAAAGAAAAAGUUCAAAUGAAAAAGACGUGAGACUUUAAGCCGAAGUUUUAACCUUCCUAGUUUACGUAUGCACGAGUUAAAAGGAAAAAACCAAAAAGUCGAUGAAGCUGGGCGAUCUGGAGAAGUACCUGCAUAUCUUUUAGAUCGUGGUGAACAGAUCUCUGCCAAAGUGUUAUCCAACACAGUUAAGCAGAAAAAAGCUGAGAAAGCGGGAAAAUGGGAGGUGCCAUUACCAAAAGUAAGAAGCGUAUCUGAAGCAGAGGCAUUUAAAGUUGUACGAACUGGAAAGUCUAAACGUAAAGCAUGGAAGCGUUUGGUCACUAAAAUGUGCUUUGUUGGCGAUACAUUCACAAGAAAACCUCCUAAAUUUGAACGUUUUAUUCGUCCAAUGGGUUUACGUGUAAAGAAAGCAAACGUUACUCAUCCAGAACUUAAAACUACUUUCCAGCUUCCUAUAAUUGGAGUGAAGAAAAAUCCAAGUUCACCAAUGUAUACUACUUUAGGUGUAAUAACUAAAGGUACAAUUAUUGAGGUGAACGUCAGCGAUCUUGGUUUGGUCACGCCGAGUGGUAAAGUUGUCUGGGGUAAAUAUGCUCAAGUAACUAAUAAUCCUGAAAACGAAGGUUGUGUAAAUGCAGUUCUUAUUGUAUAGACAGAAACUAAUUUAUUCUAAAGUCUUUUGUUCAGUAUCUAAUAGUUCUACAGUUUGUAUAUCUGGUUUUCAAUUCGUUGCAACGUUAAAGAUUUUAAACUAA